AUGCGAUCCAGAGGAGCCAGGCGCGGUCCAUUCGCUUCAUUUUCCGGAAACUAUGGAUCCUACGGAGGUGGUGGAGGUUACGGUGGAGGAAAUGGCGGAGGAGGAGCAUUCGGAGGAUUCAACGGAGGAUACGGUCAAGGUGGAUACGGCGGAGGCGGUGGCUACGGACCAGGUGGUGGAUACGGUAUGGGUGGAGGCGGCGGUGGCGGAUGUCCAAAUGGAGAGUGCCGUGGAAAGAAAUAG